CACCGCCGUCGUCGGCCUCGCCUCGCCGCACCUCCUCCGGCGACCGGCGGGAUGCUCCUCUCGGAGCUUCCAAAUCCUCGCCGCCCAUGGCGCCCCUGCAUUCGACAAGCCCACCCCCCACGCCCUCGCUACCUGCCUCUGCCCCGCACGCCGACCUCACCCUUACCCAACAGACGCCACCUCCUCCUGUCCCCCUUCGCCACCUCCUCACUCUCCCCGUCCGACGGAUCUGCACUUUCUCCGGCGAAGCGGUGCCCCUCGAGGAAGGUUCUGGCCGAGAGCUGGAGGCGGAAGGCGGUUCCGCCAGGGACGCGCGAGCCCCCGCCGCCGCCCCGGUGGACGGCGAGGCGGCGGGCGAGCGCCGCAUGGCGGAAGGUGGCGUCGUUGGUGCCCAGGAAGUCCAGGAGCGUCUUCCUGCUCAAUCUGCUCGCCCUCAUAUUUGCAAGCAACAUUUCGGUUGUUAAAGACACCCAGACUAUGUUGGAUCCUGAUCUUUUCAAUAUGUUACGCUUCACUAUCGCUGCCAUUCCUUUCGUGCCGUUCUUGCUAAAGUCACUGAGAGAUAUGCAAGUAUUCAUUAGAGGAGUAGAGCUGGGCAUUUGGGUAACCUUUGCUUAUGUAGCUCAGUCUAUCGGGUUAGUCACAGCUGAUGCUGGCCGUGCAUCUUUCAUCUCUGCCCUCACUGUGAUCAUUGUCCCUUUCUUGGAUGGUAUUCUUGGAGCAGAAAUACCUGCAUAUACAUGGCUUGGCGCAUUUUUAUCAGUUGUCGGGGUUGGUAUUCUUGAGCUAAGUGGUUCUCCUCCUUGUGUUGGUGAUCUUCUGACCCUCCUUAGUGCCUUUUGUUUCGCAAUUCAUAUGCUCAGAACAGAGCAUAUUGUCAGAAAUAUAAAGAAAGAGAAUUUCCUAGCCCUUGUCGGAUGCCAGGUGCUUGUUGUAGCUCUUGUGGCGGCAGCCUCGUUUGUUGUUAAAUUCUUCCUCCGGAGUGUAGUACAGUGGAAUUUAAAAUUACGGACAAUAACAGAGUUAUUCAGUGUGAUGGCAUCAUUUCCUUGGCUAGCAAUACUAUACACAGGCAUACUAUCAACUACCUUUUGUUUAUGGGCAGAGGUUGUUGCUAUGCGUGACGUGUCAGCCACAGAGACUGCCAUAAUUUAUGGUCUGGAACCAGUAUGGGGUGCUGCUUUUGCAUGGGUAAUUCAUGGUGAGCGAUGGGGCAUUACAGGACUUGUGGGAGCUAUCUUCAUCAUAGCGGGUAGCUUGAUGGUUCAGAUACUAGGAUCGUUUCUUGAUUUAUCAACAGAGGAUAGUUACCAGAUGGACAGCUAAUACAGAUAUUCGAGCAUAAAGAGAUGGCCUUCUUCAUGAAUAAGUGACAGCAAAGCAAUUUUUCAUAUGAUAAGUUGUUUUUGUAUACAAUCAUAUGAUCACUGCAGCGACGUAAUUUGCGGAAUAGCUAGUGUGACAGUGCAACGAGAUCUAACUACAGUCAUGGCCAGUAGCACAAGGAAUGGAAGCUCGGAGAAUGGUGGCCUGAGAACGUGUGUCAUUGGAUGCAGACUUGAGCUCUACAAAAUGGUGGUACCAAUCACUUGACUAAACACUUACGGUAACAUGAUAUGUUGUAUCUAUAGCAUUUAGGGUAGCGUGAUAUGUUGUCUCUAUAACAUUCUAGAACCAUUGGUCCUCAAUGUAAAUGAACACACAUUGUCAUAAGAUCAAUUUUUUUGUGCUGAUUCUGCUUCAACAUUUGCUUGGAGCUUCAGGAAUA